GUAUUACGAUAACAAUAAAAUUUUACAGGUGACUUUCUUGUAAAUUAUUGCGUUGACUAAAUUAAUAGAGCAAAAAUUGUUAUUGUUUGGUAAAUAUCGGUUCUUUGAACAAAAUUAAAUAAAAAUAAUAAUAGGUAAGUUAAAAAAAAUAAAAAUAAAACACCAUGAACUUAUAGUUUUCUUUAUUCAAAAAGUCUAAAAGUGGACUACAAGUUUUGUUUUAGAAAAACAAUAUAAAAAAAAAAACAAAAAAGUAAUAGCAAGUGAAAAAAAAAUUUAUUUGAUUAUCUAGCUCUUGUGAUCUGAAUAGCACCCAAAAAAAUACUAAUUUUUAUGGAUUUAAACAUUAUAAAAAAUUUUGAUUUGACAUUUUUAUUACUUAAAUUAAAACGUCAAACUUGUCAAUACCAAAAAUCAAAAAUAUUUCAUAGUCGUAGAUAAACCAUAGUAUUCUACUCGCAUAUAUUCACGUAGGCGAUUAAUAAACUGACUUUGUAAAUAAUAUUUAAUAACCGUCAUAGCUCGUUGAAUAAUAGACAUAAAUUGAUAUUUAUUUUAGUAUAAACAAUUAAAAAAAUCUUUUUAUUACAUAUUUUUUUACACGACUUUUCUGUUUAUUUCAUUUUUGAACGCCAAAAGUCCAAAUUACAAUAAUCGAUUAAUCCACAUCCGUUUUAAUUCAAGGGCCGGAAAUGUGAUUUUAUAUAACUAACCUAUCGAAAAUUAAGUUUUGAAAUAUCAUCAAAUCACAUCCGGACUUAGUCCUAUAAAAAUCAACUUUUUUUCUCACAGAAUCAGUACACAAUGAAAAAUCAAAUAAUUUGUAGCUUGGCUCUAGCCCUUGUCGCCCUUUCUUCUGCUCAAGCAGAGUGGACGCCGGACCCUUUCUGUCCCUACCCCGCCGAACGCCCUUCUCGCUAUCCCUAUUACGGGAACUGCACCCUUUAUUGGCAGUGUUACAACGGAUUCAAGCAAAUCGUGGAAUGUCAAAAAGGGCUGGAAUUUAACGCCGUUGCUGAACAUUGCGAUCUCCCGGAAAACGCCUUAUGCUCCAACUACGGCCAAUCCACAUCGUAAUUAUCUACAACAAUUUAAAAAAAAAAACAAUUUUUUGAAUUUUCCUAGCAAUUAAAUACACGCCGAAGCCUCCUAAAAGUUCAUACAAACAACCAAGAAAUUCGAAAUUCUCAUAUAUCAAAAACCUAAAGCUUAAAAAGCAGGAAACGUGAUAAAUUUUGAAGUGUCUGAUGAAACGAUGAUUCAAACAUUUAAAUGAUUUUUUUUAAAAAGCAAAUUUAAAGUAGAGAUUUUUUAACGUGUUGACUAAAGUAAACUUAAAACACUAAAUUAUGGAACAAAAUUAGCAAAAAUAUCGAUUUACAAAUUAUAAUUACGUAUCAUUAAUUCGAAUAAGAUGAAGUCACUAAAAAAAUAUGCCCACUUGUGUAUUAUCUCUACAAGUUUGAUCCUGGUAUUAGUGAAAAAGCUAAAUUGAUAAAACUUCCCCUGUACUACACCAAAAUGCUAUAUAAGUUCGUUCUCUGAUUUUUAAAUCAUAACGAAAUAGGUGCAAGAAAAAGUAAAAUGGCUAUUGUCGUCCAAACGGUUUUGCCAUUUUUGGCAAUUUUGCCUGUCAUACUUGCAUCUCCACCUAACAUUAUAAAACAAGAAACAUUUGGUGUGAAUGUAAACAUAUUUAUAUUAAAUGAAAAUGUUGUUGAAGCAAACUCGACAUCAGCUAGCAAUGUAACUGUUACAACUCCGUUUAGUAACUUUACAAACAGUGGUAACACAACAUUUUGGACAACUACAAGCACUGCAAGACCUGAUAAUAUAACCGUUACAACGCCAUUUAAUAACUUUACCGACAAUGGUAACACAACAUUUUGGACAAUUACAAGCACUGCAACACCUGAUAAUAUAACCGUUACAACGCCAUUUAAUAACUUUACCGACAGUGGUAACACAACAUUUUGGACAUCUACAAGUACUGCAACACCUGAUAAUAUAACCGUUACAACGCCAUUUAAUAACUUUACCGGCAGUAGUAAUACAACAAUUUGGACAACUACAAGUACAGUAACACCCGAUAACGUAACUCUUACAACUCCAUUUAGUAACUUUACACAAAGUGAUAAUACAACAGUUUGGCCAAUAACAAAUACAACAUCGUUUCACAACGUAACUCUUACAACUCCAGCUGGUAACUUUACUAAUAGUGGCUCAUAAUUCUAAAAAGACUAUUUAUGUACAAUAAAAGUAAAUAAAAAAUAUUACAAAAUCAGACAGGGUUCUUCCUCCUCCAAAUCUAUU